AUGAAAAAUGUAACCGACUCUUUCGUUUCCUUGGGCCACUGGCCAUCUGCCGGAAGUUUCGGAUUUAAUACCGAUAUUUUUGCAACAAAUCCAAUAAAUCUAAGUGUGGUGCUUGGUGUGUUGAUUUUUUUCGGAAAGGGAGUGUUAAGUGAUUUAUUAGAUAAUCGAAAACAGAGAAUCUUGAGUACGAUUCGCAAUUCAGAAGAACUACGUGGGGGAGCCAUUGAGCAGCUUGAAAAAGCCCGGGCUCGCUUACGGAAAGUGGAAAUUGAAGCAGAUGAGUUUCGAGUGAAUGGAUACUCUGAGAUAGAACGAGAAAAAAGUAAUUUGAUUAAUGCUGCUUAUGAAAAUUUAGAACGAUUAGAAAAUUACAAAAAUGAAAGCAUUCAUUUUGAACAACAAAGAGCGAUGAAUCAGGUCCGACAGCGAGUUUUCCAACAAGCCUUGCAAGGAGCUCUAGAAACUCUGAAUAGUUAUUUGAACAGCGAGUUACAUUUACGCACCAUCAGUGCUAAUAUUGGCAUGCUCGGGACCAUGAAAAAUAUAACUGAUUAG